UAACUAUACAAUCUACUGUCUUUGCCCGUGAGACAGCUCGCUCGCCGCCAAGGUGGAGAAAAAUAGCGCAAAGUGAGCCCAUUUGCACUUAAUGGUGAGUGGAGCCUAGCGAGAUGAGGUAGUAGGUUGUAUAGUUUGUGGGAUGCUGCCAGCAAGUGGUGAUAACUAUACACUCUAUUACCUUCCUUGAGGGGCACAAAGAGAAGCUUAUUCCACGCUGUCGUCCUUGCGGGGUCCUUAUGAGCGUCAUCGGCAUGCUUUUGCGAAUAAUAUGUUAUAUAUAUAAUAUAUAAUAAAACAGUUGGCUAUCAACCCAAUGUUUGUCAGUAUGUGUAUGAGGAAUAAAGCUCUCUUCCGAUUUAAUCCAGGUUUCAAAAUAAUCCCCCCUUUUAGUCAUUUCAGUAAGCUUUGUCAGUGUUUUGAAAUGUACUUUUAACCACGCGAACCACAUGGAGUCAUGCUGUAUAUGAAAUGCGCCAUAUCCAUAAAGCUGCAUUGAAUUGUACACCUCCAUUUUUGUCCUCCUCGAUAUUAAGAAGGCAAACGUUCCUUUUCAUUCAGGCGGCGCAUCAUUAUUGAUGAUGACACAUCCGUUUGCUCUACAUGUCAAGUAGUCCUCUGUGAGUAAUUGUGAAAGUAAUUCCAGUGGCAUGUGAUGCGCUCUGUGGAGAAGUGUACCUGAAAGAAAAGGCCUCAUCAGAUCUGAAAGUAGCACUGACACACAAGCGGAAGUUGAGACUUUUUUUUUGUUGAUGUUGUGGUUGAUUUCAUAUAUCUAUCCAUAGGUGGGUUUUCCUAAAAUGAAUCACACAAGACAAACAACAGCGUUGGGACAAAUGACCAUUGCGUCUGCUGAUUCACUUAAGCGUCACGGCACUCAUUUGCUCGUGCGCCGCACUCAUUGAAAGAAACGAAGCAGGGGCUGCUUCCUGACGCUGCAAAAGCGUCAAAGUGUCAGUCUUAACAGGAAUAGAAAGAAGCACACAGGACUUCCUCAAACAAAUUCAAGGUCGAGAUACAUUGCAUCAGUGUGCUCGUGGAGCGAGCCACAGAGAAGAUAGGAUGCACACGGGCGAGGUGGUCUACGCUUCGUUGGAGGUGCUCAUAGCCAUCUGCUGCAUUGUGGGGAACGCCCUGGUCAUGGUGGCUGUGCACACAACCAAAAGUGUGGGGCAGGCCACCUUCUGUCUGAUGGUGUCGCUGGCGGCGGCCGAUUGCGCGGUGGGCCUCGUGGCCAUCCCGCUGGCCGUGCUGGUGGACGGCAGGGUGAGCACGUCCUUUGGCGCCUGCCUCUUCAUCAGCUGUGUGGUCAUCCUGUUGACCCUGGUGUCCGUUUUAUCCCUCAUGGCUAUUUCGCUGGACCGCUUUCUCCGGGUGUACGUCCCGCGCAGGUAUAAAAGGACGGUCACACAAAGACAUUCACGGUGUGCCGUCGCCGCGUGUUGGCUUAUCGCUCUGCCUCUGAGUUUCGCGCCCAUGCUGGGCUGGCACAACCGAGACGCGACUCCCCCCAACUCCACGUUCACCUGCCGGUUCAUCGCUGUGAUCCCCAUGUCCUACCUGGUGUAUUUCAACUUCUUCCUCUGCAUCCUGACUCCGCUGUUAGUCAUGUCGGCGCUGUACGGCUACAUCUUCUGCGUCAUUCGCGGCAGCCUCCGAGAAAAGCCGGGCAACGGCGUCCAGGCCAAAUCUCACAUCUACCUGAAGAAAGAGAGGCAGUUGGCGGGUUCUCUUGUCCUGGUCCUGGCCCUCUUUGCCCUCUCUUGGAUUCCGCUGCAUGUGCUGAACUGCAUUGCCUACUUUGAAAUAGCCACGGUGCCGGUGAGCGCUUUCCACGUGGGCAUCGUGUUGUCUCACGCCAACUCUGCCGUCAACCCGGUGGUGUAUGCCUUUAAGAUACGUAAGAUCAGGGCGGCUUACCUGGAGAUCUGGAGGAGAUACCUCGCGUGCAGGGACGAGCUUCAAGGCUCUCAAUCCAGCCAGACCACAGACAACAACCAAAGUAGCAACAGUGUGGACAACAAUGUGCAACUACAUGCCAAAAUUAGUUAUAUUGUGGAAAAUUGAUGAAAUGGGGCAACAUAUAGUGACAACAGGUUGAAAGUUGUGGAAUCAUGAAGGCCGUUGAAACAUAAAGCUACAGCUAUUCCGCCAUCUAGUGGUUUUUUAGAGUGCCUGAUAUCCAAUGCAUUUAUUUGCAUACUCACCCAUUCCAUUAGGAUAAGUUGCUUGGGAAAUUGGCUUUCAUUCAGUCUUUUGAGUCCUCAAUAUAAAUGCAUCAUUGUGUGGUGAACAAUUGUUGUGAUGCUGAGGGUGGAAGCCAAACUUUCAUGUUAAAAUAUAAUUUAUUCAGACAACUAUAUAUAAUCUAAUAUAUUUCAAAAGAAUCGAAUAGAAUAGAAAAAAAAACACCCAACCACAAAUAUCUCGCUUACUGUUGCUGAGGCUGAGUUAGCAACCAAUCAGCUGUUAACUUUUAGCAACUUCUUUACCAUGCAUCCAUCAAAGUAUCACUACCCGAGUCAAAAAUAUAUAUUUCUUUAAGAUGAAAAUAAAUUUCUCCACGUUCCCUCA